GAAAUGCUGGACAGUCAAGCUUUCGAUCUUUGAAAUUAAACCUUUUGAACAGUUAACAAGCAAAAUUGAUGAUAGCAAAUGCAUAUUAAUGUUCCCAUGUUAGGAUCUGUAUCCUGCAAAUAUAUCGCACCGACCGUUUAUCAGAUAAAUAAACGAGAGCAGCGAAAUUCUCUUGCGAACUAAUUCCCGAAAGCAGAACAUGAAUGAAUUUGCGGACCAGCUGGGUCGCGCAAUUUGAGGAAUUAUCACUUCCGGAGCGCGCAGGGUCGUCUGGCAGCCAAUCAAGAGUCCGGGAAUCGGCUCGGAAAUGCGGGAAAUAUUUCGGCCCGAGCCGAAAUAUCGAAAGGUGGGAGCCUCUCGGUUUCUUAUAAAAAGAGUCGCGCGACGCCGCGACGUCGUAUUCGCGUCGGCAGUUCGCCACAUAACGUCAUAAUAUCGGAAUAUCGAAAAGGAAGUGAAGGACAGUGUCGGUUGAAAAUCAAUUUUAUCACUUAGAUCAAAUACUCUUCUUUUUUAUAAGACGUUCAUUUUGUUUUUUAAACCUUUGUUGGAUUAAAAUUCAAGUUACAAUGUCUUCGGCAAUGUAUGAAUCCUUGGGCGCCAAGGUGGCUAUGUUCAAUCAAUAUGCCAGCAAACACCAAGAUAAGCAGAGCAAAAAUCCAUUCACGUCCGGCCUAAACAUUGAAAAACCGAAAUUCUCCAAAGAGGAGUACGGCAGACCAGAGGCAGGCUCCUUGUCGGAUCUGCGUGGUCGCAAGGCAAAUGCCCAUAUAUUGAAGGAAAUCCUGGAGCUUUGUGAAAUUAUUAGUCACGAAGGCACACCCUGCCAAGAUCAGCCCGACGUAGUUGCCAUCACCUUCGGUGACAUCUUCAACAUUUAUACUAAUAUUAGUAGUAAAUGCGUAGGCUUGUUAUUGAGGGCAAGGAAGCAGAAGUAUUUAGAAUUUGAAGGCGAAUGUCUUUUCCAGAGAAGAGACGACGAUGUGCCGAUAUUUUUAGUCAAGCCUAUUGAAGAAAUUCGUCAGGAAUAUAAUCAACGACGUCAAGAAAUCCGGCAAGAUUUACUGGACAGUUAAUAAAAAUAAUAAAUUAAUAAUAAUUAUAUAAUAAUUAUUAUAUAAUUAUUAAAUAUAAUUAUUAUUUUCUAAGUCUAUUAAUACCAUUGAUUCUCGAAAGAACAUUCGCAGCCUGUAUUUAUUCGCCUAUAUUUUAUAGUAAUGCAAAUGACCAUUAUGUAAUAUGUGAUUUGUUGUAUUUGUCUCGUUGGGUUUUGCGUGUUAAGACUGAAUGAAUGAUGAAAUAUGAAAAUCAAUUUGAAUAUUUCACGAGUAGUGCAAGUGAGAUAUGUUAAAUGCGAUUAGUAAUGUGAUCAGUGCGAUUAAUACAAUUUUUAUGGAACUUUUCUUUGAGACAAUCAUCUUUGUAAAUAUAGCGCGUAAUAAAUAAUUAAUAAUAUAUCUUA